GCGCGCGUGGGUGGACCAGCUACGCUCGAACUACCACGCAGAGCCGGUUCAAGGGCCAGACACAUAGGGCCCCCGAGUCCCCGACUUCUCCCAUCAACUACUCGGGCUAGCCAGACACGGAGUGAACUAUCCUUUAUACUUAUACAAAACCAUUCUCUCUCUCUUUUUUCUCAUCCCUCCUUCUCAUUCCCACCUUUCUUCUCCAAAAGCGCAUCGCAUUGUUGUCCUUGGCCGCUGGCCCUCCCUCCUUAUAUCUUUUCUUUUUUUGUCGCCUCGGCCACCCUGCGAUCUCAGACGACGUCAUUCGCCCCCCCAACCCUCGGUACGCCUGUGAAGGCGAAGGUCGCUGAGCGGAGAGGAAGAGCCAACUUUCGACCAUGUCGGAGGCCUACCGUCCCAAUUAUGCCUAUGUUGGAGCACCGACUGUCUACAAUGGCACCGGCAAAACUGGAGGCGAUUCCGCCGUCGAAAAUCUCAACCAGUGGUUCGAUCCCGGUGAUCAAGCGUAUAUCAUCGUUUCAUCAUGUAUGGUUCUGAUUAUGAUCCCGGGCCUGGGGUUUUUGUAUUCGGGGUUGGCCCGAAGGAAGUCGGCGCUGUCUAUGAUCUGGGCCUGCAUGGGCAGUUUCUCUAUUAUCGUCUUCCAAUGGUAUUUUUGGGGGUAUUCCUUGGCAUUUAGCUCCUCUGCGACGAAUGGAUUUAUCGGAAACCUGGGUCGCUUUGGUCUCAAAGGCGUGUUGGGCGCGCCUUCCCCCGGCUCCCCCCUCAUCCCAGAACUGCUCUACUCCUUCUACCAGUUACAAUUCUGCGCUACCACGGGUGCCAUUGUCAUGGGUGCGGUCGCCGAACGAGGCCGUCUGAUCCCCGCAUUAGUGUUUAUAUUCUGCUGGGCAACAAUUGUGUACUGUCCCCUCGCAUGCUGGGCAUGGAACGUAAAUGGGUGGGCAUACAAAUACGGGGUUCUGGACUACGCUGGAGGUGGACCCGUCGAAAUUGGAUCCGGGUUUUCGGCGCUUGCGUAUUCGAUGGUCCUCGGCAAGCGUCAGGAGAAGAUGAUGUUGAACUUCAGACCUCACAACGUCUCUCUAAUUACCCUCGGCACGGUCCUGCUCUGGUUCGGAUGGUUGGGAUUCAACGGUGGUUCGGCCUUUGGUGCCAAUCUUCGUGCAGUCAUGGCUUGCUGGAAUUCUUGCUUGACUGCCAUGUUUGGCUCAAUCACUUGGUGCCUGCUUGAUUAUAGACUCGCCCGGAAAUGGAGUAUGGUCGGCUGGUGUUCCGGAUGUAUCACCGGUCUUGUUGCAGCUACCCCAGCAUCAGGCUUUAUUCCUCCCUGGGCAUCCGUGAUCCUAGGUAUUGUCACUGGGAUUAUUGCUAACUUUUCAACUAAAAUAAAAUUCUGGAUCCGCAUUGAUGACAGUAUGGAUGUGCUUGCAGAGCACGGAAUUGCUGGGGUUGUCGGCCUCAUCUUCAACGCUCUUUUUGCUGCCGACUACAUUAUUGGCCUGGACGGGGUCAGCACAGGGGUCAUCAACGGAGGCUGGAUCAAUCACAACUACAGGCAACUGUAUGUCCAAAUCGCGUACGUUUUAGCGUGCAUGGGCUACUCGUUCGUGGUGUCUGCGAUUCUCGCUUACGUCAUCAAUUUCAUCCCCGGACUUCACCUCCGUGCUUCAGAAGAGGCCGAACUCCUUGGAAUGGACGACGAUCAGCUUGGAGAGUUUGCUUAUGACUAUGUGGAGAUAAGGAGAAACUACAACAGCGGAUUCGAGAAUUUCUUCCCUGCGACUGAAGGACAUUCAGGUGAGCCGGGGGAACACAUUGUUAGCCCCCAGCACGGGAGUCAGGAGCAUAGCAACAUGAUUCAUGGGACAUCCCCAGAUUCAAGCAGCAGUGGUGGUAAUGCUCAUACUACGGUGAUGGGUGAUCGCCACGGUGUUGCAGCGGAGGACAAGUUGAAGGAAAAGGUUGAAGACCCGAACGGCGCAUAG